GAUGGUUCACGAAGAACCUGGCAACCCAUCCCAUCUGUCUCACAUUCUGUCAUUGGGCAGGACAGCAACAUUAUUUCAUAUUAUAAACAUUUUUCUCACCACGAAAGCUGUGCGUUUGCAGCAGAAGCAUGGGUUCGGGAGAGAGUACAACAAGAAAAGUGUCCUUCGGUGUCGACGAUGAGGACAGGGUCAGAAUUCUCCGUGGAGUCAAGCUGUCAGAAGAUGUUCUGCAAAGAAUGAGAGGAGUUGCCAACAUUGCCCCAGAACGCACGUCAUCACCUGCCUCAAGCCCUCAGACAAACACAGCCUCUUCUCACAGUGCCAGCUCAGGCUCUCAAUCUCAGCAAGGCCCACAGCAGCGCGCCCCACCCAGUUCUCAGCACAGCAAAGAAGAUCAGAGGAGGUAUGAACACCAACAGAAGAUACUGAAGGAAGAGUGGGCCAAGAUGGCACAGCGAGAAAUGGAGGCGGCAAAGGAAGAGAUGGCCAAAGCCACGAGCCGGGAAAGACAACAAACACGGCUGGAAGCUGAGAGGACCAAACAGUUGUCUGCAGAUGAGAUAGAAUCAAUGGUCCUGAGUUGUACUCCACCAUCUGCCCGAGACCUUUGUGUGGCAUGUUCUCCCCGUGUCUACAAUGGGUUCUCUCCAGGUUCAGCAGCUACAGAAGAAAGACUCACAGCUGAAAGCACUGGAUGCCUUCUACAAGGAGCAACUGGCACAACUGGAGAAGAGGAAUUUGGAAAGGUAUCAACAAAGCAAAGAACAGUUCCACCAAGCUGCCUCCAAGACGGAAGAAAAUGUCAGGCCUCGCAACACAGAGGCAGUGUGUGCUGGCCUGCAGGCUCAGAUUUUAUCCUGUUACAGGGACAACAAAGACCAGACCUUAAAGUGUUCUGACCUGGCCAAAGAAUACAUGCAGUGUAUCAAUGCUGCAAAAAAGAACCUGCUGGUCAACCACGGAUGAAGAGUGGGAGGAAAAGGGUAAAACCGUUACAUGACGACAAGCAUUUACUUAAGCACUAAAGGCAGCGCUGUGGUUGCAUUUUUGUUUUGCUUUAUGAAAGAGAUGGUUUGCUGUUAGCAUGCCUUUUUUUUGUGCUAUUUUUUUGUUAUUGUGCUAUUUAUCUGCGGUGUGAUCCGUUACACUAUUAUUCUGCACUGCUACAAACAAGAGGAAGUAAACAAGAAAUGAGUGUGUAUAUUAGGUCCACGGGCUGAGGCGGUGCACUUUCAAUUCAGUCAUUUAUGAGCGCUGUGAUAAAGUAUCUGCGCUCUUCAUGAUUCCCCCUUUUUUGGUGUGUUUCUCACAUUUACAUGUUUCAGAUCAUCAGGCUUAGAUGGCUGUUUACUCUUAAUAAAUGACAUCAUUAAAACUCUCUGACUAAUAUCAAAAUUUGCCUGAUGGUGUGAGGCAUGUAACUGUGCUACAAAAUAAGAAAUCAGGAAGGGGGCAGAUAAUUUUUGACAGCACUUGAAUGAGAUCAGUGGAAAAUGUUUCUUAAAAUCUGACUUGUAAAGAUGCAUUCAGGGGCACUCCUCCAUCAGCUGAAUGUGGGGAUCAGGUUACGUCCAAACCCGUGCUAGCUUCUGAAGGGUUAAAAAGACUGGAAGUCAUUUAAGAAGUGAGCUGAAUCAGGUGCACAGGGACCGUCCUUGUUUUGAUCUCAGAUUGAAAGAAGAACUGACUCACUUGUUUUUCUUUUGAGCUUUAUAGAUUUGUAUUUUUUUAAUGACACAGGAAUAUGCUCAGGUAAUCCUGGCCAUGACUUUAAUUCAUCAGACCCGUGAUGUAUUAUAUGAGUUUAUUAAACCAUUCAUAUCCUCUCACA